AUGAGUGCAAGCGUUGAAGUAAUUGCAGGUCCUUACGAAUUAUUGAACCCAAGAAAUAAGAUUGAAAGAGUAACUAUAGCUAUCCUUGAGUCAAAUGAAAUUCAGAAGAGAUUUUACCAGAAGUAGUAGUUGAUAAAGACUCAAUCAGAAUAGUACGGUGAUUUAGAAAAUGCUUUGCUUGGACUUGAAUUGAUAUUAAAAGAUUUUAAGAAAGAUAAUUACUUGGAGAAAGAUGAGUUGGAAAAGAAAAAGAAAGAAGAGUUGAGAUAAAAGGAGGAAAUCAAAUAAUAGAAAAACCUAGGAAAGAGAUAGAGAGAUCCUUCUAUCGACUCAAAUGAUAGUAAAAAAGGUGAAAUUAUCAAAAGAAAGAAGGCAGACUAUGAUAUUGGAAAAGUCAGUUCUGAUCAGAAACAGGAUUCUGAUCUAAAAAAACAACUGAUAUAAAGUUCUAAGGAGGAAGAGAAGAAGGGUGAUGUAAAGCUGUCUGAUGCUGAUUAGGGUCUAAGAAGGUCAGUUAGAAUGGCUGGAAAGGAGUACAACUUCGAUAUCGAUGAUAUACUGGAUUAAGCAGAUUAAUUGAAUAGUCUUAAUGGAUCAACAGGUGGAAAGUGCAUUGAUGUAAUGCUAGCAAAAACAUUUGAUCCUGAAACAUAAGAUCCAAAAGACUGGCUAAUGAGUGAGAAACUAGAUGGAGUAAGAUGCUAUUGGAAUGGUUCAGCAAUGUAUACUAGAAAUGGCCAUCUUUUCUACCCACCAGAUUGGUUUAAGAAAGGGUUGCCUGAAGAUUUGUGUCUUGAUGGAGAACUAUGGACUAAGAGAGGAGACUUCUAAAAGAUUGUUAGUAUAGUAAGAAGAUAAGAUAAGAAUGAAGAAUGGAAAGAUAUCAAGUACAUGGUGUAUGAUGCUCCAAAGGCAAAGGGUACCUUUAAGUAAAGACUAAGAAAAAUGGAGGAGGUUAUUAGUAAAUUGGGUAUUGCCCAUAUCAAGGUCCAUCCACAUGAAGUUUGUAAAAGUUAUGAGCAUUUGAUGGAGGAGUUAGAGAAGGUCUGUGCUAAAGGAGGAGAAGGCAUGAUGAUAAAAGAUUCUCAUUGCAAGUACGAAAACAAACGUAGUGAUAAAUUAUUGAAAGUCAAAAAGUUUGAUGAUGCAGAGGCAACGGUUAUUGCACAUCACAAAGGCACUGGUAGAUGCUCUAACAUGUGUGGAGCUAUUGAAGUAAGAGGCGAUGACGGUAUAGUCUUUAAGAUCGGAUCAGGAUUUGAUGACAAAUAAAGAAUGAAACCACCUAAGAUUGGUAGCCGUGUAACAUAUAAAUAUAUGGGAAAAUCCAACUCAGGAAAACCCAGAUUCCCAAUUUUCCUUAGAGUUCACCCAGGUAUGUGA